UUUUUCUUGCCGAUUUGUUCGUCGCGGGUUCAGAUCUAGGUUUUCUCCAGUCUUCUAACAUUGAAUACUUCUCUUUCUGAACCUAACCAAAAUGGAUGCAUUGGAUUCGGUCGUCGAUCCCUUGAGAGACUUUGCCAAGGACAGUGUUCGCCUCGUCAAGAGAUGCCACAAGCCCGAUCGGAAAGAAUUUACGAAGGUCGCAUUCCGUACCGCUAUCGGCUUCGUCGUGAUGGGCUUUGUAGGCUUUUUUGUGAAGCUGAUCUUCAUCCCCAUCAACAAUAUUAUCGUUGGGUCCGGUUAGGUGACAUAGAUGUUCGAUACUAGAGGCAACAAUAUAUCACGACUGAUAAUCAUGUGAAAAGAGAGAAAUACAUGCGAACGGCGCUUAUUCUGCAUGUAUACACCUCACUUGAGAAGGGUAGCAACUUCUUUGUCCUUUUUUUUGUUUGAGAAGAUGACGUGCAGUUAGGAACCUUUUAUAUUUUCCAAGUGAAUGUGAUGAUUCUCUAAAAAUGAGUUUUAAAUUGAACAUCUCUUCUAGUGAAAUAGGGAUGGCCUUCUCCCUCCGAGUAUUUUAGCA